AUGUAUAAAAAUGAAAUACACGACAUAAUCGUGCUAAGAAUGUAUAUUUUUGGAGAUGACGAUAAAUUUUUACAAAAAAUUAUUGCUAUUUCUAAUGACUUACAAGGUGAAAAAGGAUAUAUUAUAAAAAAUAGUGACGAAAUUCUGCAUCGAUGCAAUAUUAUUUAUACGCUAACUUCAAUAAAUCUCGAUGCUAUAAAAAAAAUUAUUUCAUAUACAAAUAAUGAAAAUAUUUUGAUUCUCGUCAAGGAAGAAUGGACUAAAAAUGAAGUUGAACGAAUCGAUGCGUUAAUUGCUGAAACAAAAGCUUCGAAAAUAGAAUCCUUAAAUGGAGAAUGCAAUAGAUUAAUGAAUUUGGCGCAGUGCCGAUCUCGUGAUGAACGUAUUAACUUGUUGACGCAUUGGAUAGAAAAAAGUGAUUAUCGGCAUUAUUUUAUCACGGGAAAUUCACCAACAAUUAAAUCUGAAAUUUCUUCAAUAUUAGGUCAAAUAUAUAAAUUCGAACAUCAACCGCAAUGCAAUUUAACAGAUAAACCACCGCCGCUUCAUUGGUCAAAUUUUCCACGCGAAGAUGAACUUCAGAUAACAUUCAAAUUUAAUUUUCCACAUAAUUACUUUGUGAAUGACGAUUUAGAAACUAUUAUCAAUCAUUCAAGUGAAAGUUUCAAUUGGAGUUAUAUUUAUAAAUGGACGAAUGGUGCACUGUUUAGGGAGAAAAUUACAAAAAUUGGAAUUGUUAAACAUCUCGUGAAUAUUUUGGAAAUAUCGGGACGAGUUGAUCGAGCCGAACUUGACGAUGAAUUCGAAAAUAUGCCAAUGAAAGCCGUUUGGCCAUUCCUUGCAAUUGUUCUCCAUGCAGCAAUUUCUUAUUUGAAUGGAAUUAAUUUACCUUAUCAGUUGUCCAUAUUACCAAUUGGUGAUUUAUUUUAUACGAAAAAUGCGAUACCACCACGAUCGUUCGACAUAACACAACUUCUCGUUUCAAUUGAUUUAUUUCAACGAGUUUCAUUUCGAUUCAAUGAGGAAUUAUGCGAUCUACAACUACAACAACUUUUCAAUUGUUUGUUUAUUUAA